AACGUGAUUGGUCGAGCAGAAAUUGAAGCGUCGUUUGAACUGAAAGCUGCUGUAUUCUGUGCUGCUGUCUGUGGAAUUAAACUAAAGAGAAAACCGGAGUAGUGUCCGUCGUUGGUAUUUUUCCAACCCGUUUAACAAGAGAGCAUGACUCGCCACAGACGUGUCAGCCGCAGAAAGGCCCAUACCCCUGUCCACCGCCCCCCAGUGCCAGCCCCUAAAACACCUCAGUCAGCAGUUCUCUCCCCGAGGAGAAGUGGACCUUCAUCUGAAGGUCGGGCUGUGGGGACCCCCAAGAAGAGGAGGUUCAGACCAGGAACCAGGGCCCUGAUGGAGAUCCGGAAGUACCAGAAGAGCACUGAUUUUCUCAUUAGGAAGACGUCAUUUGCCCGCCUGGUUCGGGAGAUUUGUCAAAGAUUUUCCCUAACCGCUCUCCGGUGGCAGGUCUAUGCGCUCAUGGCUCUGCAGGAGGCUGCAGAGGCCUUUCUUGUCUUGCUCCUGUCAGAUGCCAACUUGUGUGCCAUCCAUGCCAAGAGAGUCACAGUGUUCCCACGGGACAUUCAGCUGGCCAGGAGGCUCCGUGGGGUGGAUCGCAUGUAAAGUCCACACAACAGCUGAGAGAAUCCCAGCAGCAUUUGGAUACUAGUGGCUUGGUCCCCAUUUCCACAUCUUUUCUGCUGUGUUGAUUCAGUGCCCAGUUGAAACUUAAAAACAGAUUUUUAGUUGGUUUUCAACCUGAUUUUUUUU